CCCAAAAAGCCGAUCAGAUCAUCCAUUUCGCCGCCGCCGGAGCUUUCAUCGGAAUCAAUCCUCUCCUCACAAGUUAGCUAAAUCCUUAUUUACUUUCCUAAAAAGUUAGCUGAAUCCUGAAGAAGAUGACAUCUCCAAUCACUUAUCCAAUUGAUGACAAAAUGCUCGAUGAUGCAGCAUUGUGGGCUGUAAUUGAUUCCGCCGCAGCUGCUUCACUUUCAUCUUCCACGAAGUUACGGAAUACUCAUACUCCAAGAUCCUCCACUGUUCAAUCUAAUCAAUCUCCGUAUUCGGCGACUAAAUUAUCCAGAAACCCUAGGGUUUAUCAUUCGCCGGAGAACGGUGAGGUCUUGCAGGAGGACUCUUUGUUUAAUCAACGACCGCAUAAGAUGGCUAGAAUUUGUACAUUGGAAACGAGAGAGAAUAAUCCCCUUGCUUUAGUUCAACAUGUGCAACGUUCGCCAGUGACGCCAAAGAAUUCAUUGCCUAAUCCUGGUAGGUUUUCGAUGGAAUAUAGUAGUCCUGUAGUCACGAUGGGUUCUUCGAUUGAUACUCGAGAUGAUGAGGUCAAAGAAACUGUUAGAAAUCCCAUGUUUAGUCCAUUUCGUUCGGUUUCGUUGUUCAAAGAAUAUCAGAAUGCAGCAAUGGCGAUUUUGGAGAAAUCUGAUUUCACUAUGAUUUCUGGGAACCCAUUUAUAAAGAAGUCAGGUUGGCGGAAGAUAUCAUGUUUCUUCAAUCUCUCAUUUGAGAUUAAAGAUAAAACUAUUGAAUUCGAUAACAACAGGAAUGUACUGCGUGCAGAGUUUGUUGCCCGGGCACACAUGCAGUGUGGUAGAUACUCUGAUGGUUGGGGUUCAUGUGAGCGAAAUGAGAAGAGAUUUAUAAAACCUAAUCAUGAUAUCCCCAGCACUGCAGAAACUCGAGCGAAAAAUAAAGCAUGUCAGGACUUACUAGGAAUUGGGGAGUAUCGACCUGGAGGAGCAAGCAGCCAUGGUCAAAGAUAGAGGCAAGGUUUCCGAAGAAGAAGAAGAAACAAUCUUUGUUUCCAAUAAUAUGUAUCAUCUAUAUAGACAACCAUGAGAAUUAUCAAUGAAUUGAUUCAUGUUUCUAUAUGAAAUUCAACUAGGAUAUGUACUUUUUAUUCCCUUCAUGAGGAUCAAGUAACUUGUUUAUGCUUAUUAUGUUUA